AGCUAGACUUGUCUUAAAACCUGGUCUCUUUCUAAGACAAUAAAGAGUCUGUUUAUGCAAUGGAGAAAUCAGCAGAGACAGAACAUCCUGUUAAGGCAUUCGGAUGGGCUGCACGAGACUCUUCCGGUCUUCUUGCCCCGUUCAAAUUCUCUAGAAGGAAAACAGGGGAGGAAGAUGUUAGGUUCAAUGUGCUGUAUAACGGAAUCUGUCACUCUGAUCUUCAUAACAUAAAGAAUGAAUGGGGAACAGCUACAUAUCCUCUGCUCCCGGGGCAUGAGAUUGUAGGCGUUGUGACCGAGGUGGGAAGCAAGGUAACAAAGGUGAAAAUUGGAGACCAUGUUGGCGUUGGAUGCCUAAUUGGAUCAUGUCACACAUGUAAAAACUGCAGCAACCAUCUUGAAAAUUACUGUCCCAAAUUACUUCUUUCAUACAAUUCAACAUACUACGAUGGAACUAUGACGUAUGGAGGUUUCUCUGAUACAAUGGUUUGCAAUGAACAUUUCAUUGUGCGGUGGCCUGAGAACUUGCCUCUUGCUAGUGGCGCGCCUCUUCUAUGCGCGGGGAUCACAACUUACAGCCCCCUCAAACACUUUGGCCUUGACAAGCCUGGCUUACAUUUGGGUGUUGUUGGACUUGGUGGAUUAGGCCAUGUAGCUGUCAAGUUUGCUAAGGCCUUCGGGCUUACUGUGACUGUAAUUAGUACAUCGACGAGCAAGAAAGAGGAAGCUCUUAAGCACCUUAAAGCUGAUGCUUUUUUGGUUAGCACUGAUCCAGCUCAGUUGCAGGCUGCUGCAGGCACCAUGGAUGGUAUCAUUGACACAGUUUCUGCAGAUCAUGCUCUGCAACCGCUAAUCGACCUAUUGACUACUGAUGGCCGUCUUGUCCUUGUUGGCGCGCCAAGCCAGCCACUGCAGCUACCUAUUUUUCCUUUGCUUUAUGGGAGGAAAAUAGUAGCUGGUAGUCUCAUUGGAGGGAUGAAGGAGACACAAGAGAUGAUUGAUUUUGCAGCAAAACACAAUAUAACAGCUGACAUUGAGCUGGUUCCAAUGGACUACGUGAACACUGCAAUGGAUCGUCUAGCUAAAAACGACGUGAGAUAUCGAUUUGUCAUUGAUGUUGGAAAUACAUUGGAGGCUGCUUAGAGCUCUUUCUGAGACACUUGGUUGAAGUAUGGAUGUUUCUUUGGAGUUUUUGUUUCUAGGGUAUGCUUGCUAUUAUUAUGAACUACAGGGCCUUGGUGGAUAUUUACUAUGUACUAAUACUAUCAUCAAAUUCUGUUUGUUUGUUCCUGAGUUGUUAUAUUAUUAAAGGUUUUUUACUUGUGCA